AUGGAUCUCUUUGUAUAUAAUUGUAUAUCUCUUCUUCUAUGUUUAUUAUUAUUCGAUAAAAUUGAUUCUCAAUUUGAAUGGAUUACCUAUGAUAAGAUCGAUGAAAUCAUGGAUAAAAUAAAUUCUGUGAAUAGCGAUAAUUGCUUUGAAAAACAGCCAAAUGAACUUGUUUUACCAGACGAAACUGUUUAUCAAAAACCAUCUAUUGAAAUGCUUAAAAGAGAUAUUAUAAUGAGAAAUCGAUCACAGUUAUUGCACGUUAGAAAUAUUGCUCAUCGAAAUGCCAUGUUAUAUAGUUAUUUAUUCCAACGUUUAUUUGACUUUGAAGAACCCGGUCUUACAUAUAUACUUUUGCAUAAUGCUGCCGAUGUAACUGGUGGUCGUGGAAUGCUUAAUGGGUCAGGAAUCUUUUUUGAUACAAAUAAAUAUUAUCCACAUUGGUACAAAAAUUUUUUCAAUAAAACAAUACCAUUAUUUGGUCCUUAUGCUUGGCGAGCUGAUGAUUUCUAUGAUGCAUUUAACUGGAAAAAUGAAUGGACUAAUCAGACUAUUCAACAAGAAGAUAUUGGUGCAGGUCGUUUUCAUCAAUAUACAUCACGAUAUAAUCGUGGGAAUGAAUGGUAUAGAAAAUGGUUACCAGAUGAAACGCGAAAUAUUAAAAAAAAACAAGAACACUCGAGUAAUUCUACAAUGACAUCACCUAAUUUAACUGAUGAUAAAAACGAAAAAAAAGCAAAAAAUCAAAGAAGAUUGAUCAAUGAAAACAAAAAUGAUACGAUCCAUGACAAUGAUAAUGAUGAUGAUGGUGAUGAUGAUGAUGAUGAUACCAUGAAACAACGUAAAGGUGUUCAUACGGUACAAUUGUUAUUAGCUGAAAGAAUGUAUAAACUUUAUGAUAUGCCACAAAUAUUUGACUUUUUGGGACCACCACAUCCCGAAGAUCCACUUGGUCCAACUAUUUGGACACGCCCAUAUUUUGAUUGUGGUCGAUCAAAUAAAUGGAUCAUUAGUGCUGUUUCACCUAUUGUUGAUAUUUAUCCGCGCCAUACAGCAUAUCGACAUUUUCAAUCAAUGCGUAAUUUAGCAGUUGCUGUAGCUGAUGCCGACUUUAUCAUGAUGGAUAUAAAUCAAUGUCCUGAAACUGAUCAAAUAACUGUACAAUCGAAACAAACAAAUCUAUUUGCCGGAACAGAUAAAUGUAAGCCAACAACACGUUGUGAACCAUUGUUUGGUUUUGGAUUUCGACGUGGUGGUUAUCAAUGUCUCUGUCAGCCUGGCUAUCGUUAUCCGCCGUAUCAAGAUGGACCAUUUAAAGGUUAUAUUAUCGAAAAAGCUACACAAGAAGAAUAUGUCAAUAAUUUUGAUUGUAUUAAAGUUGAAUUAUAUCGACAGUACCCACAAUAUUUCCUUCAAUCAUAUUUCGGAUUAUUUCCGCCGCGUACACGUCGAUCGACUGAUUAUAAUAGUGAUCUAUCAAAUAGUUCCAUUUAUAAUAAUCUAAGUAAGAACUCUAUGUUACCAUUACCGACCGAUUCUGUUUCAAAAGUGAAUAUAAUAACAACAUUAUUAGCAACAUCAUCCUCUAUAUUUAAAUCAUCUAUUUAUCCAAUACUAGCAUUAUCUAGUCAUUUUAUUGCUAAAUUUCUCAGUUAUAAACAAGAAGAUCAUAUAGAAAAGCUUCGUUCAAAACGUGCCACUUACGAAUAUCCAACACGUAUUGCAUCGAUAAUGCAACUUUAUAGUCAUCUAAACUAUAAUCCACAUAUAUGUGAAUUUAUGACUGAAGAUUUGUUAACGAUGUCAGGUGAUGUUUUACAUGAUGUUGAUAUCCAAUUCGAAUCUCAAGCACGUUUAGCAUUAACACUAUCACAUUUUCUCUCAAGUUUUUAUCAAAUUGUUAAUUCUGAUGAAGACUUUCCGUUGCGUAAAGCUGAAGUUGAUUUAACUGAUGAACAAUUAAUUGGUGAAGUCUUAGCGGCAGUUGCUAGUGACCAUAAAGUUGUUGGUGUUGGCAUUUUUUUUGAUCGUGGAAAAUUUCGAAACUAUCGUUUACCUUAUUUUGGACCCUAUGCUUUUCGAAUAGAAAACGAUAUUAAUCGAAAAUAUGCUGUCGUUGAUUGGGCAGGAUUACCUGAUGGUUAUGAAAAUGAAAUUUGGUUUCGAACAAUGAAAGCUCGAUGGGCAACAAAUGGCGAUCGUUCAGAACUAACUGAAUAUUGGCUUAAAUUAUUUAUUCGUGCUGAUUAUUUCGGUAGUGCAUUAGUUCCUCAUGAAUCUGGUUUUCCACUAUAUUUUCAUGCACCAGAAUUAAAACAUGGUCAAUGGUUCCCACCAAGAUUUCAGUGCAGUCAAAAUCAUACAUUACCACGUCAAUGGAUAGUAACUUAUGCUGUGCCUUUUUUUGGUCUUGAUACACUUGGAAUUAAUAUUGAAUUCAAAGGCGUCGUACGUAUCGAUACUUAUUUAAGUUAUUUGGAUAUCAAUCAAUGUUCAAUGUCUCAUUACGUACCAAAUGCAUUUAAAGGCAGUGAUCAUUGUGAUUAUCAAAGCACACUAUGUGAACCCAUCUUUGGUCGGGGUUUUCUUUUAGGUAAAUAUAAAUGUCGUUGUCGACCUGGUUAUGAAUAUCCAUUUCUCGAUCAAAAUGAUUUCUUUCUUGGCGACGUAUUGGAUACGCAGUGGGAUAUAUUGUUGAGUAACACGUCACGAAUAUCAAGUUAUGAUAUACUUAAAUGUCGUAUUGCUAUUGCUAGCUCCAUAAAACCAAUUAGCUUUAUUCUUCUAAUAUCAAGUAUUUCAUUGGCAAUAUUACUAUCUACAUAA